AUGGAUGGGUACAAAGAAGAGCUGCCCCGUUUGCAAGACCCAGAGGAGGACGAGGAUUGUUUGAUUGCUUAUGCUGUCGAUAGCCCUCCUUUUAUAAAGUAUCUCUUGUAUUUUUGCAGUUACAUCCUUAAUGUUCAGUCAAGCAGUGAUGACACCAAUGGGUCUUCUGUGGCCAGAACAGUUCCAAGGAGACAGGUCAGUCGCAUCCUUAAUGUGCGGUCAAGGAGUGGUGACACCAAUGGGUCUUCUGUGGCCAGAAGAGCUCUGAAGAGACAGGCGAGCUCCGUGGUGGUGAUUGACUCUGAUUCUGAUGACGAAUGUUACACCUAUGAGGAGAAGAAAGCUAAGUUAUUGGAAAUAAACAGCGACGAUGAGAGUCCAGAGUGUUGUUAUGUGAAGCCUGCCAUCCAGGAACCUCCAAUAGUUAUUAGUGAUGAUGACAAUGACGACAACAACAAUAAUGAUUCGGAAGUUCCCAAAAACAACAGCAAGGAUUCGGAAGCUCCCGACAACAACAGCAAGGAUUCGGAAGCUCCCGACAACAACAGCAAGGAUUCGGAAGCUCCCGACAACAAAAGCAAGGAUUCGGAAGCUCCCGACAACAACAGCAAGGAUUCGGAAGCUCCCGAUGACAACAGCAAUGAUUCAGAAGCUCCCAACGACUACAGUAGUGAUUCGGAAGUUCCCAGUGACCACAGUAAUGAUUCGGAUGUUCCCGACGACAACAGUAAUGAUUCGGAAGCCCCCAACGACAACAGUAAUGAUUCGGGAACCCCUGACGACAACAGUAAUGAUUCGGGAACUCCCGACGACAACAGUAAUGAUUCAGGAACUCCCGACGACAACAGUAAUGAUUCGGAAGUUCCCGACGACAACAGUAAUGAUUCAGAUGUUCUCGACGACAAUAGUAAUGAUUUGGAAGUUCCUGACAACAAUAGUAAUGAUUUGGAAGUUCUUGUGCCAGCAGAAGAUUUGUGUAAUGAAGGCCAGAUUGCUUCAAAUGAAGAAGAGCUGGGUGAGGCUGCUGUCUCCCAGCACGAUUCAUCUGAUGAUGCUGGUGAGCAGGAUCUUGGUGAGAAUCUCAGCAAACCACCAAGUGAUCCUGAGGCUAACCUUGAAGUUUCAGAGAGAAAGCUGCCAGCUGAGGAAGAGCCUGCACCUGUGGUGGAACAAUCAGGGAAAAGGAAGUCAAAAACCAAAACUAUUGUGGAGCCACUAAAACAACAGAAGGCAAAAACCAAAACUAUUGUGGAACCGCUGAGGAAAAGGCAGGCAAAGACCAAAAAUAUAGUGGAGCCACUGAGGAAGAGGAAGGCAAAAACCAAAAAUAUAUCUGUGACACCUGCUGGUAAAGGACGUAAGAAGCGUGGACCUUCAAAGAAGAAACACGGUGCGGCAAAAGUUGAAAAACGCAAAACUAGGACUCGUAAGUGCAAAGUCCCUGGAUGUUUCUUGCAUGGCCUUGAAAAGUCAAAGAGAUACUCUGGAAAAAAUUUAAAGCGAAAUAGGGAUGAAUUGGUUCGGAGAAUCUAUGACCUGUUUAACAGAUCCGUCUGUGAUAAAAAGCUGCCAGAGAAACUACGGAUAGGCUGGAAUAACAAGAUGUUGAAAACUGCUGGCUCAUGCAGCACUGGUGAGAUGUGGUACCCAAAGAGGCGCCGCUUUGCCGCGAUCCAGAUUGGCUUGAAAGUCUGCGACUCUGCAGACCGAAUCCGGGAUACUUUGAUCCAUGAAAUAUGCCAUGCUGCCUCCUGGCUGAUUGAUGGUAUCCGUGAUUCUCAUGGUGAUACAUGGAAGUAUUAUGCCAGGAAAUCCAACAGGAUACACCCGGAGCUGCCCAAGGUCACCCGUUGCCAUAACUAUAAGAUUAACUACAAGGUCCAUUAUGAAUGUACUGGGUGCAAAACCAGGAUUGGCCGCUACACCAAAUCGCUGGACACCAGCCGCUUCAUCUGUGGCAAAUGUGAGGGGUCUCUGGUCAUGGUGCCGUUAACUCAGAAACAUGGGACCCGUAUUGUGCCCCACGUAUGACCAUUUGCUGUGUAUGUGCAGAAGUAUUAUAGAAAAAUUAAGCAGGAGAUGGCUAGGAUUAGCCACGGGGAUAUGAUGAAAACACUUGGCAGGAAUUACAAGGCAAUGAAGAAUUCUUAAAGUUAUCUGAGAGUAUAUUCAUGUGAGCUAUAUCCUUUACUGGUAAGAAGUUUUAGAAAAGUUUGUUUUUGUGAAGUUAGGAAUAUUAGAAUUUAGGUAAUGUUAAGCAAGUAAUAUUAGAAUUUAAGAUUCAGGUUAUUAAUGAUGAUUGACCUUAACCAGGGACUCUGUUGCUAACUAUUCUGUGCCCUUGACAGGGUAUUUCUGAAGCCCUUGGGAUCUACCUUGGGUCUUAGUUGAGUUCCAUAUUUUUCACAUAUAGGACAAAAUGCAAAAGAAAAGUGAGUUUUCAAGAGUGGCAGGUUGAGAGAAAGAGGAGAACGCUGGAAAGAGGACAAGUUUUAGAGGCAACACUUAAACACCAGGGCUACUGUGACAUCUAUGUAGACAGGAAAGACAAACGUGUUUCAUAAAAUUCGUUGCUGAUGGUAUUGAUUGAAACUAUCUGAGCCAUGUAAUCAAAAAAUAAAGUUUUCUGCAUCU